AUCGAAUCGGUUUUUCCAUUUCAUUUUUCAAUGUGUUGCGGAACGUGCGGCCAUUUUGGAGUAAAGAAAGGGAGUGAUCGUAAUAAAUUAGUUAGUGUUAAUUCAGUUGUAAAUUUUAAAAAAACUACCAAAAUUAAUUUAUAGUGAAACAUAUGGCUUGUUUAAAUACACUCAAACAAGAAAUAAGGACAUUAGAAUCUAUAUUUCCGAAAAAUCAUGAACGAUUUCAGAUAUUGUCCGCGAGUGUAGAUGAAGUUAGUUGUAGGUUUAUUGGUAAAAACGGCAAGAAAUACGAAAUUCAUGCUAAUAUUACAGAAACAUACCCUUCUGUACCCCCGGUAUGGUUCGCCGAUUCUGAAGAAACAAGUAUUACAAACGCAGUGCAAAUUUUAAGCAACACACAAGGUAUUGAUAAUCAUAUAAUCCGACAAGUAGCAAUACUUUUACAAGAACUAUGCCGUUUGCACGCCGUCCCAGAGCCACCCGAUAUAGAUAGAUUAAGUAUUCCUUGUGCACAAGUUACUAGUGAAAGCAUAACAAAUGGUACUGAACAAAUGGAAGAUGAGGGGUUGGAUAGUGAUGAAUAUGGAGAAGUGGGAAGUGACGUAGAUGGGGCCAAUAGUGAUGCAGAUGAAGAUUUGGCCAUGGAAAUGGAAGAUAGUCGCAACAAAGCUGACGAAAUGUGCGUGGAACAUUUAGCAACUCUUGAGCGGUUAAGACAGAAUCAGAGACAGGAUUACUUGAAGGGUUCAGUGUCUGGAUCAGUCCAAGCAACCGAUCGUCUCAUGAAAGAAUUGCGAGAUAUUUAUCGGUCAGAUUCGUUCAAGAACAAAAUGUACCAAAUUGAAUUAGUGAACGAUUCCAUAUACGAGUGGAACGUUCGUCUGAUGGCUGUGGAUCCGGACAGUCCUUUGAGUCACGACCUCGCACUCCUGAAGGAGAAGGAGGGCAAAGACGCUAUCCUUCUUAACAUGCUUUUUAAAGACACUUAUCCUUUCGAACCUCCUUUCGUAAGGGUGGUCCAUCCUAUCAUUUCAGGGGGCUAUGUGUUAGUGGGAGGGGCGAUUUGCAUGGAGCUCUUGACGAAGCAGGGUUGGUCGAGUGCAUACACUGUUGAAGCAGUAAUCAUGCAAAUUUCAGCGACACUGGUCAAGGGCAAAGCGAGAAUCCAGUUCGGGGCACCGAAAGUCUGCUCGCAGGGACAAUAUAGUCUUGCACGUGCUCAACAAAGUUUCAAAUCGCUCGUACAAAUUCACGAAAAGAACGGAUGGUUUACACCACCCAAAGAAGACGGUUAAGAGGUUUAAGACUGUGCCAAUAAUUAUUUGUUUCGAACUAUAAGUAUAAUCAUACAUCUACCGAUGUCUGUUUUCUUUCGUUACCCAACAUCAGCAGCAAAAAAGUCGUCUAUUAGUGCCUGCAAACGGGUCUUUUUUUCAUUUCUAUUGUCGUUAAUAUUUCUGACUACGAAUGUUCAGUUUUUGCGCAUUUGAAACGCAAUUGUUUCAUUUUUAAUUUAAUUUUUUUUCUGAAUAACAAUAUAAAAAA